AUGGAGACGCGAAGUCUAGCCAGAUUUGGGAAACAGCCAGCCACGCAGCUCGAUGUGCUAAGAGAUGUCAAUCGACAACGCUUGAACACCCUAUCCGAUUCCCAGGCGAAACUUUCAUCGAUUAGAGAGGACUUGCUGAUCGAGCGCGAAAGAGUGAGAGCAACUAGUCGCAAGAUUCAACAGAAGCGGAUAGAUGCUGGCAAUGCAGAAGCCAUGUUCAUGAGUCGGCUCAGUCAAUUCGUCAACGAAUAUCCUGGGGGGCUUUCAAGAGCGCUCCUGGCCGCCUACGACGACGUCAGACAAAAGCGAGAUGAUCUGGGUGAGAUCGAGGACGACUACCUUCGAGCCGAAAGCGAUCUUACCGGUGCGGAAUGGACAUUCGUCGCCCGCGAAACCCAGUUUUACCAAUUCGAUAUCAACAGCAUUUUCUCUCAGCCAGACAACGAACAGCUCGGUUCUCUACACAAUCAACAUCCUAAGACCUCACACCAUCUGCCACUCGCGCACAUACCGCCUUGUCCUCCAGGAUCAUUGUCUCCCAGUCAAGUCUUGAAACUACCGCCCCCACCUCCUCCUCCGCAAUUUGCUGCUUCACCACCGCCCUUGACUUUUAUUUCUCCUGCUAUUGCAGCUCAGCCUCCGCCUGACCGUGUUGAUCGAGAUUAUGCUGCCAUGGUGGCAGGGGUCGAGACUUUGAAGAAAGAACUCGACAAAGUGCGGCGGACACAAGCCAGUAGCAUUACUUGGGAUGAGGGAGAUGAGGUGUUCUUCCCGGACGGAGAUGGGCUUCCUGAUAGUAAUAACACAACCUCUGCAAGCGAGUUUGGAAACAUGGUAUACGAACUCUCCAAACGGAAGGCCAAAGCGGAGCAAUACAAAGCUAAAGAAUUGUUUCCGGUGCCGGCUGCCUCACGUUUGGCGAGGCGAUCAUCUGAUCCAGCAAACUCAUACAGAACUGUACCCGAAGAUGCGACUGCAAUGAGACGAACACAAACUGAAAGCGCCGCUGCAUUCAUGCAAAACAAUUCCUUGGUAAGAGAGAAGAUUCGGGCAUGGUCCCUGACGCACCUCAAGGAAGACGCAGUGCAAAAGCAUCUGUACCUGAACACUCUUGCACACUACGGGAUAGCAAGCCCCACCGAGGGUGAUUGGGAACUUCGAGCAGCACAAUUCUGGAGUCACGAUAGUCUCGUCGAGAACGAGAAAACAAAACAUUGCAAGACAGCUUCUGUCAACGAGACGGGGUGCAAUCUCGGGUCUUACCACGAUUCAGACUCUCGGGUAUUGCACGAGGAUCCACAGGAGAGUUUUGAGGACGACUCAUCGAUACUAUCCUCGCAGCUGUCACACUCAACGGAUUCUGAUGACGAUAGUCCGAAGACACCCUCAGAUAGACCUGUCAUGGUUGAGGAACCUUACAAAGCCGUGGACCGUGAUCCAGGAGAGGACAUUGUGCCCGAAGUCGCAUGUACCUGUACAGUGGAAUAUGGUGAUGCCGCUCAACGGAAGGACAGUGUUCAGAGCACGAAGAUAUAUCAUCAUAUCAGCUGCCCAAGGUAUAAACCGGAAGUCAAGACACGAGUCACCUCGCAAGGGCCAAACAACAUCCGGACAAAGACCGAUGCUUCAGUAGUUCGCGAUCGCUGUGGCCCGGCGCAGGAGGAAGACUUGUUGGGUUUACCUAUGCCACCCUCUGCAGACUCCAAACCUGCGGAUGGUGCAUGCUUUCAAUCGUUAACCGACACUAUUGCGCAGCCUACUUCGACGAACCCCUGGAUACAAACCGCUGAGCGGCCCACUCCUAACAAUGCGAGCAAUCUCCAAUUUACCGAUGGUAUGAACAAGCCUGGUUCUCGACCACCCCUUCCACAACGGAGAACUUCGGGCAAUCGGCUUAAGGAGUGGCUUUCCUCAGUCAAGAAAUUGCGAAGUAAAAGCACUCCUACGAUCGCGAUUCGACCCUCCGCAGCUCGUACAAGAAAGCAGUCAGUGGCAUGA